GACCCACCAUUUUUCUUUCUUUUAAAUUUUCAAUUUUGGAAGGCUUAUAUUAUACUAACAAAUCAUGCAUCCACCAAUACCCCAAUGCCAAUAAAACAUUGAACAUUCGUUGCAUAUAAAGAAACAAACACGCACAGUUUUAGAUAAAGAUAGAGAUAGAGAUAUAUGGAAAUGAGAGGAACUUCAAAGGGAACAGUAGAGACUGGAAAGAGAAGAAAGAAGAAGAAAAGUUGAAAACUUUAGAAUAACAACAAAGAGAGAGAAAUGGGUUUUUGAUUUUUCUUGAUAAUUGUUUAUGUUUAUGUAUGAUCGCGAGCUUUACUGGAUGGUGCAUUGAUAUUUGGAAAGCCAUGAACAAAACUUUGCUCUGCUUCCUGGCAUGGAGGCAAAAUGUAGAUUCCCAGGUGUACUUUUGGGAUUCCUGAUUUUUUGACCAAGUUUAUCUAUACAAUCUGAUCAAAGUGCUAUGAUUGAAAUCAGAUGCAUUUGGUAAAUAGAUUUCAUAGUCUCCAUCACUGGUAUCCUGGAAAUGAAAUCAAAUUUGUCAAAGUUUGCUUAUUUUAUUAGUGGGGAUAAAAAAAAUGUGAAGUUUUAUUUUCUUUGUUGGCAUCGGUAGCUUCAGGCAACUUGAUUGUAGCUGUUCACUGGAACUUGAAAGUAGAAGUUGAUACACGAGUGUAGAAGUAGGAAGGGUAAGUAAAAGAAGACCAUCUUGAAUAUUUAGAAGAAAAAUCUACUCAACUGUAGAAUGGGCUUUCCUCAAGUGUCCUCUGGCAGUAUUGCUGAGGAAGUGGCAGCAUCACUGAGCACAUUUGUGCAAAGUCAACCUAGAAUUGUUGGCACGAGAAGUUGUGACUUGAGUGGGAUGCAUGGAGGAAAUCGAAUGCAAGUGGAUAUUCCGUGCACCUCUUCUGGAGAGGCUCAAAGGAGAACUAUUGCAGACCUUCCAAAGGAACUGGAUUGUUUAAACAUGCAUAAAGAUGGUAGAAGCAGCAUGCAUAAUUUGAAGAUUAACUCUAUGGAACAACAUGGCUGGUUUCCUGGUAAAAGUGAAAGGAAAAUUCAGAAACCUGUUCCUAGGAUUGUUGGUUUUGAAUCAAGGGCUGUAAAUUCUCCUAUUAAUGCGCUUGGUGGAAACCAAUGUUCUACUGUCGCUAGUGUCAAUAAUAAUCCAAGUGAGACCACUGGGUCAGUGGUCAGGAAGCGGUUAUUGUCACCUCUGAAUGGAAUGCUUCUACCUGAUCAAUUCAAUGGUGAUUCUCCAGACAUUGGCAGUGGUGUUUAUCAAAGUAAUUUCAGUAGUGAUAAUGAUCCUUAUAAUUUUUCCAUGUUACAAGAGCAUAAGAGAGCUCAUAAAGGCGACUCCGAUUAUUUCAGUUCUCCAAUCUGGUCUCUGUCGUGCUUCCCCCAGUGGAAGAAUUCACUGGAUGAUAAUUGUGGAGCAAACUCCACUUUACUCACUGAUGGCCCAUUGCUAGAAAAUCAGGAGCCACAAUAUCGUAAUAAAUUUACACCAUCUCCUGAGCUUAAUUACUUGGUAGAAUCAACCAAGGUCCAGUCCAAAACUGGGGCAAUAGCCAUAGUUCCAAAUACAAAAAAGGGGAUAUCACCUCCCUUGUCUUUGUCUCCCCUUGGUCCAAAAUUCCAUGAAAGAGUGAAAUCUGCAGGAGGAUGUAAGGUUAAUACAACAGAGAUAGAUGAUGGCAUUAUAACUUUCAAGGACAUGGAACAGUCACUUGAUGGAACUGUCUUAGGCCAUUUAUCUUCCGAGAAAAACAAUUUUAGGGUGCCAAGUAAAUCAUCACAAGAUUUUGAUAAUUUGCAGAAGAAGUUUGACCUGUUUAUUCCUCAGAACACCACUGGCAUGGGACAGCAUUGGGGUCAGGAUUCUGAAUUUACUUCCCAUGUGAAAUUGGUUAAAUCUCUGAGUGGACAGCCAGUUAGAAGGUCUUUGGUUGGUUCAUUCGAGGAGUCUCUGUUGUCUGGUCGGUUAUUAUCUGGAAAAAUUAGUCAGAAGAUCGAUGGUUUCCUUGCUGUUCUGAAUGUUACUGGAGGGAACUUCUCACCAAAAUCACAAAAACUUCCAUUUGCAGUAACAAGUGUGGAAGGAGAUAACUAUUUGUUGUAUUGUUCAACAAUUGAUCUUGCUGCUAAUAAAGCAGCAAACAAGUGCAGAAGCACAAAAAUGAAAAGGAGCCCUAACAUUGAUGAACCACAAGCAGAAAAGAGCCGCCUACGUAUACCAAUGAGAGGAUGUAUACAGCUAGUUCUCAGCAACCCGGAAAAGACACCCAUCCACACCUUCUUAUGCAAUUAUGAUUUGAGUGACAUGCCAGCUGGUACCAAGACAUUCCUGCGGCAAAAGAUCUCUCUAGCACCUUCUGCACCAACAUCUGUGUCUGCGAAUGGAAGACCUAAAGGUCCUGACUUGAAAAAUGAUGCCAAGCCCUCGUUGAUCCAAAACACUAGUUAUACUACGCAGCUUAGCAACAGUGAUGCUAAUUCAAAUGGGUUUGAUGCUGUGACCUUGCAUUGUAGUGGAUUUAACAGUGGUGAAAAUAAAAAGACUGGCAGGGAGGACAACUUUCCAUCAAAUAGAAAUCACAUAACUGAAAGCCAAUCUGAACACAGCCCUCCAAAGAUCAAUGACAAUGCCACUGGUACUGGUGUUCUGCGUUAUGCUCUGCAGCUCCGUAUUUGUUGCCCUUUACCUAAGAAAUGUUCAAGGUCAGUCCAAAAGUGCCAAACCAAUUCCUUAUCUGAACCACCAAUGAAGAAUAUGAGUGUCGAAGUAGAGCGACGCUUCUACUUGUAUAAUGAUUUGAGGGUGGUCUUCCCCCAACGCCAUACAGAUGCUGAUGAGGGCAAGUUACAUGUGGAAUAUCAUUUUCCUUCAGACCCAAAAUACUUUGAUGCCAGCAACUAAAUUUGCUUUGUUCAUUUUCUCCUCUUCAGAUGGUUAGAUAUAUGUAGUACCUGUACAUACAUCUUCUUCUUUUUUUGGAUGAGAAGCCUAUGUACACAGUUUGUACAUAUAAUUAGGUGAUCUUAUCCUUGAGUAAAUUCCCCCAUUCAAUCUGUAAAUGAUUCUUUUUUCAUUAAUUAGUUGAUUCAAUGUUCUUAAUCA